GGUCCUGAAUUCACUUCUCAGCCACCACAUGGUGGCUCACAACCAUCUGUAAUGGGACCUGAUGCCCUCUUUUGGUGUGUCUGAAGACAGUGACAAUGUAUUCACAAAUAUUAAAUAAAUAAAUAAAUGUAAAAACAAAAAGCUUAAGUGACAGCACAUACUGGCAAGGAUGUGGAGAAAGGAGAACAAACACUCUCCCAUAGCUGGUCAGACUGCAAACUGGUACAGCCACUGUUGGAUCAGUGCUUCCUGACAGUCCCUCAGAAAAUAGUUUCUACCUGUACACCCAGCUAUACUGCUCCUGGGCUCAUACCCAAAAGAUGCUCCACCAUCCACAAGGACAUGUGCUACACUAUGCUCAUAGCAGCCUUAUUUGUAAUAGCCAAAAACUGGAAGCAACCCAUAUGUCCUUCAAGUGAAGAAUGGAUACAGAAAAUGUGAUUCGUUUACACAGUGGAAUACUAUUCAGCUUUUAAAAACAAGGACAUCAUGAAUUUUGCAGGAUGAACGGUACUAGAAAAUAUUCUGAGUGAGUUAACCCAGACCCAAAAUGACAUGCAGGGUAUAUACUCACUGAUAAGUAGAUAUUAGCCAAUAAGUACAGAAUUCCCAGGAUACACCUCACAGACCCUAAGAAGCUAAAGAAGAAGGAAGGCCCAAGUGAGGAUGCUUCAGUCCCACUUAGAUUCUUAGCAUAAAAUACCAUACAAAUGGCCUCAGUAGCAUCUUUCUUCCCUCUGAAAUGUCAAGUCAGGCCUCCUUCAUCUGCUUUGCUCUAGCAUUAUUCUCCAGAUGAACAGUUCACCAAGUUUCAAACACUGAGUGGUUUUUCUAACCCAAACUUCUAAAUUCUUUCUGCAAUCCUCCCAAAAAUACAUGGUUAUAUCCACAGCAGUACCCAGUGAUCUAAUAGCAAUUUCUGUCUUAGUUUUGUAUUACUGUAAGAAAGCCCAUGACCAAAAGUGAUUUGGAGAGGAAAGGGUUCAUUUCAGCUUACACUCUGAGCUCACACUCCAUCACUGAGGGAAGUCGGGGCAGGAACCUGGAGCCAGACUUGAAGCCACUAAGAAAUACUGCUUACUGGCUUGCUCCUCUUGGAUGGCAUAGCCCCCCUGUAGGCUGGAACCAUUCACAUUUAUCAUUAAUCAAGAAAAUGUCCUGUAGAAUUGCCUAUAGGCAGUCUGGAUGGAGGUGUGUUCUCAGUUGAAGUUUCUCUUCAUAGAUAACUCUAGCUUGUGUCAAGUUGGAAAAAACAAAAACAACAAUCAGCCAGAACACUGUUAUUGUUCAGUUCUUUUUUCUUUCUUUCUUUCUUUUUUUAGAUUUAUUUAUUUAUUUAUUUAUUUAUUAUGAGUACACUAUAGCUGUCUUCAGACAUACCAGAAGAGGGCAUCGGAUCCCCAUUACAGAUGGCUGUGAGACACCAUGAGAUUGCUAGGAAUUGAACUCAGGACCUCUGGAAGAACAGUCAGUUGCUCUUAACUCUGAGCCAUCUCUCCAACCCUAUUGUCCAGUUCUUUUGUCAAUAUUUAAACAGACCACAUCAUGCGUGAGUACAAGCUAGUGGUCCUUGGUUCAGGAGGCGUGGGAAAGUCUGCUCUGACAGUUCAGUUUGUUCAGGGAAUUUUUGUUGAAAAAUAUGACCCAACGAUAGAAGAUUCCUACAGAAAGCAAGUCGAAGUAGAUUGCCAACAGUGUAUGCUGGAAAUCCUGGACACCGCAGGGACAGAGCAAUUUACAGCAAUGAGGGAUUUGUAUAUGAAGAAUGGCCAAGGGUUUGCACUAGUUUAUUCAAUUACAGCUCAGUCUACGUUUAAUGACUUACAAGACUUGAGAGAACAGAUUUUACGGGUUAAAGACACAGAAGAUGUUCCAAUGAUUUUGGUUGGCAAUAAAUGUGAUCUGGAAGAUGAGCGGGUAGUUGGCAAAGAACAAGGCCAGAAUUUAGCAAGACAGUGGUGUAACUGUGCCUUUUUAGAAUCUUCUGCAAAGUCAAAGAUCAACGUUAAUGAGAUAUUUUAUGACCUGGUCAGACAGAUAAAUAGAAAAACACCAGUGGAAAAGAAGAAGCCUAAAAAGAAAUCAUGUCUGCUGCUCUAGACCUGAAGUCAGCAGCAGCUCUGAGCCAGAUUACAGAAAUGAAGAACUGUUGCCUAUUUGGAAAGUGCCAGCAUUCCAGACUUCAAAAACUAAAUCUGAAGAGGCUUCUCCUGUUUUAUAUAUUAUGUGAAGAGUUUAGAUCUUAUAUUGGUUUGCACAAAUUCCCUGGAGAAAAAGUUGCUCUGUGUAUAUCUCCUGGAAAUAAGACAUAGUAUUUCUCCUUUGCAAUAGCAGUUAUAACAGAUGUGAAAUAAGAUACUUGACUCUAAUACAAUUAUACAGAAGAGCAUGGAUGCAUUUCAAAUGUUAGAUGUUACUACUAUAAUCAAAUGAUUUCAUAUUGACGUUUUUAUCAUGACUCCUCCCUGCCAAGCACUAAAAAGCUGAACCGUCAUACUUUUUAUCUGUAAUGAUAUAGAUUAUGAAAUCUCCCCUCAAACUCAUUGCAGCAGAUAACUUUUUUGAGUCAUUGACUUCAUUUUAUAUUUAAAAAUUAUGAAAAUAUCAUCUGUCAUUAUAUUCUAAUUAAAAUUGUUUGUGCAUAAUGCUUUGGAAAAAUGGGUCUUUUAUAGGGAAACACUGGGAUAACUGAUUUCUAUGGCUUUCAAAGCUAAAAUAUAUACUAUACUAAACCAACUCUAAUAUUGCUUCUUGUGUUUACUGUCAGAUUAAAUUACAGCUUUUAUGGAUGAUUAAAUUUUAGUACAUUUUCA